AUGGAACGGGAAGACASAGUAUGUGACACUACAGCACAAGCUAGCAUCAAACUAGAAACUGCUUUAUCAUUGUACAGGGCACUGGAAAACAACGCCAGCGAACAAGAAAAACGUUUGCUUCUCGCUGCUUUACGUGACGUUAAGAUCCUUCUAUGUGAUGGAGAAGAGAACAUUACAUUAUCACAGCAGGGACUUGUGGAGACCGUCGAUAAUUUUGGCAGCCAUCUUGGAAUGAUUGCGAUUAACCGUCUAGUGCACGAUGUUGAACUGAUUAAGAGAGAACUGGAAAACUUUGACAAUGGAAAAGAGUGUGGUAAGAAAGAAGAACGAAAACCAAAGCAGUUGAGAAACGACGAUGUGGAGUUAUCUGAUGAAGAUAACCAGUGUUUUGAAAGAAUAACGAAAAGACGACGUGAGCUUCUAUCUGAAGUAGAGGCAUUUCUACCUGUUGAGAAAGACACCAAAAGAGCUGUUUUUUUACCGUCCAGAAUCAUCUUGAGGAACUCUGUACCAUCCAGCGAUACAACAGAAGAUGUACCAGAUCGAAACCAGGCCGAUAACGACACGAUUAAAGAACUAAAAAACGCUUUGCGCGAUAAACAAACCAGGCUGCAGACAAGGAGAACACGACUUGUUCCUAGAAAGGUCUCUGGUGCUCGCUGUACGCUACACAACGCGGGCAACAACAUCGAGAGAUCCAAGAUCACCCGUAACUCGAGAGCAAACAAGAAGGCAAUAAAAGUCGAUYCGAAUAGUUUUGAUCUCUGCGUUGAAUGCAAAGCAAUUUUGAAAGAGAAAGAUUUGUUUUGGGGUCUGGAAGACAAGAGUGAGAGCGAUGGUGACGUCGAGGAACAGAUUUUAAAACGACAUAUUCUGAAAUCUACCACAACACAGAAAGACGGGCAAACACCACUACCAAUUACAAUCAAGGACACCAAAUCUGACAAGAUAUACAUGAUCCAUCAUAAACCCGCUGGUCAUGCUGGACGAGGAACGUGGGCAACACCUCCAUAUCGUCCAAUCAUGUUGACCCGAUUAGACAGAUUUGAAAAAGCACCGAAACGACGUCAAGGUCAGACGCUUCGCUGA